AUUUCAACUACGACCUAUAUGCAGAAGAAAACAUUGUUGAACACAUUCAUGACAGGGAGACACGCUACCAACUGCGUCUACAGAUAACGUUACUGAUACGUGAUAAAGAACGAACGCACCUUUCAGCUCACUGAUGCCGAAUUGAUAUAACACGAACGUAAGAUUUACGUAGGAGUCCACAUCGGGCCGGCAUUAUCUAAGUCCCAAGAUGGAGUUCGACAAUUUGUCGUGUGUUAACGCCACAAUGGUAAGGGAUGUGGACGCUUUGUGCAAAGACACUGGGGGUGGAAAUGCAACAUGCAACAAACAGGCACUGGGCAUCAAUUUGUCAACACCCAUCCUUAUGCUGUCAACAGGCGUCCUUGGAAACGUCCUUGCCCUUGUUGUUUUGUACACGUCCAAAAAGGAGGUCAGAAAGACGGUGUUCUUCACGAUGCUCGCUGGGCUAGCGUGGACUGACGUCAUUGGUCAGAUGUGUGCUGGGCCAAUUGCAAUUAUCACAUAUGCUAACAAUCUCCAAUGGCAAGGCGGAGACCCCGUGUGCAAAUACCAUGGUUUCACGAUGGUGUGUUUUGGUAUUCUAACCCCACUGUUGGUUUUGAUAAUGUCCCUGGAACGUGUUCUAGCUUUGCGUUUCACCUACUUCUACGCAAGAGUCGUAACAGUCAGAAAAGCCCAGUUUAUGAUCGUCGGUUGCUGGGUAUUUACUUUAUCGUUCUGUACGCUUCCUUUCAUGGGUCUGGGGACAUACGCACUUCAAUUUCCCAAGUCCUGGUGCUUCUUGAAUUUUCACCGACAGAGCAACACUGAUGCGGCGUUCGCCUAUUUAUUCUCCAUCAUGAACAUCCUUGUAAUCUCCCUCAUCUUCGUGGCCAACUGUAUCGUUGUCGUGACGUUGCUGCAGAUGCGUCGGACUCGGAGGAUCAACAACUCCCCAUCCAUAGAUCGGAGACUGCGCGUUAGCGGACAUCGACACAGGAACAUACUCGAGAUGGAAAUGGAAACUCAGAUGGUGUGGUUUCUAGGAGCAAUCACCAUUGUUUUCUGUACCUGCUAUGUACCCCUCAAUGUUCACAUUCUCACAAAUCAGAUCACUGGGCAAAUCGAUGUCAAAAAGGACUUAAUUAGCAUUCGUCUGGCAAGUAUCAACCAAAUUCUAGACCCAUGGCUCUAUAUUCUUUUGAGGAAAGCAAUGUUUUUCAAAUUCCUCAGAAGGGUCAAGCAGUUUGUGGCCCAACGGAAGCGACCAAGUUCAUCACGAAGGCAUUUUGCUGCACACAUGGAAGGGUCUCAGAACGGUUCCUUUGCUGCGUAUCAGAUGCAUUCUGCAUCGGGAGCACAUCAUAACAGUCAUCAUUCUCUAAACGAAUGCGUACAUCCCGAAAAAAAUCAUAUCGGAAGUGCUAUAGAGGCCACAACGAGGCCAGAGUUAAGGGACACAACUCUGAACGGAAGCAGUGACAGUGAAUCGGAUGUGUUUGUUGAGCCUCAAAUUAGGACUAAGGCGAGUUUUAUCAGUAUUGAUGAGUACAUUGCGGCUCACAGGUUGAAGAGAAGGGAUUCAAGUGGAGGUGGGGACAUCAAUGGGAACAAGAAGUUACAAAGACUAUACAGCUUACCAGCAUAUCUGAAAGGAACUGAAAACGAUGGCAUCGAUACACAGCUGUCAUGAUUUGUAUUAAUCACAAACAUUAAUAUGUCCCUCCAAAAUAGAUAACUCGUGGCCAGAACCUGUAACAACUGUUCAAGAUUCAAUAAUGUGAAACAUCAGUCAGAAAAUGAUCGGUCUCAAUUGUCCGAAGAAAUAGAUUCCAUUGAGCUCGAAAUUGAAAUUAGAGCUGAACAUUAUUUGAAUGGAUCACUGAAAAUCAGUGAUGACACAAAGUAUUCACUAACAGGUGAAAUAUAUACUGCCCGUGCGGUAGCUAUAGCACUUACACAAUGUGGUUAAAGAACUGUGCAUUGUUACUUGACAUUGCAUAGCGGUACUCGUCACAUAAGGCGACGACAUGUGACCAAACCAGACAAUCAAGUUAUGGACCAGAUAUAAAGUCACACGAUAGCAAGUUGAAUAGCAAGUGACAUAGUGAUAUUGCUGGGACAUUGCUAUCAGCCCAAGCCCAUGAUACAGUGCAGGGCAAAAGAAAGUAUACCCAUGUUUGAUGUGUGCUAGAAACCCAAGAAAACUCAUUAACAAGAAACUGUAGUUAUUAAAAGGUGAUGUAUUCCAUACCGGUAUUAUAUGUAUGUUUUGGACCCUUAGUAUGUUUCGGCAACUAUUUGCAGCCAAGUAACGUUUUCAUAAUGGAUUUUGUGUUCAAAUCCUUUUUGUCAGGCUCUGUGUAAGCUUUCGUUUGCCCGGCUGUUUGUUACGAAUCAAAAUGAAUGUUUGUUUGAGUAGACCGUGUAUCUCACAUCAGACCCACAACAUAGUAGAUCACCAUAACAGAGUUGUUGGUUUCAUUUUCAUGAUCUCCAUACAUGUCGCUAGGACGACUCAUUUCAUUUUUAUCGUUACAGUUAUUUUGACACUAGAUGUUGAAAUAAAUACUCUGAUGCUGUGUCUGUCUGUUCCAUGUGUUCCCGUUGUGAUGUGUAGAUUACAAAAUGUAUGUACAUAUUGUUAAUUCAAAGGGAAAUUAUGCGCAUACGCUGUCUCUAUUGUUGUUGUUUUGUUCACGUUUAAAAUUCAAAAUGGCCUAAUGAUACAUAAAUGGCACGUAGUCGAAGUGAAAAGGACGUUGUGUUUGACGGUCAUUGAAGCGGAACUUUGAGUAUAUGUUAUACUCAGAACGUAUUUUCUGUACAUAAAUCGUGUUUGUGUGUGUGUAUAAUUAUUUUUUUAUUAUAAUUUCAGAGGACAGCAUAGUAUUUUCUGUAAUAUAUCAAAGUGUUAUAUACUGUUAGAUACUAUGUUUAUCAUACAGGGUCGUUUGUUUCAUGUUGAACCUAAAUGACAAGGUAUUUGAAUUGGUCCACGUUCAGUUCACAAACAUAUUUCAAGAAUGAAAAGGUUAUUAUAAUUAUUUUUAAAUACACUCUCUUAAAACGUGUAGUAGACUGUAGUAUAUAAGAUCACAUGUGACAUACGGAGAUGAACUCGACGAAGAAAAGAAGAUUAAGUCAGAUCUGUUUGAAUUUUAAAUACUCAUUUCACAACAACAACAGUUUUAUUUUAUUCUAGUUUGUAAUUCCCAAAGGUGACAUGUUACAUAAGAUGAACAAUAGAUGAUGUAUGUACUUGUACUUUUCAAUGGAAACAACAUUGACUAGACAACAGAUAUGUCAUAUCUGUAUGUCAAUAGACUCGGAGUACCUUACUGUUGAAAUAAUUAUUAUGAAAUGUUAUCUGUGGUUUCCAUGUCUGUACGUAAUUAGGAUAUCCGUUUGAGUUCUUAGGUACCUUCAGUAUUAACAUUCACAAUGACGGAUGAUUUGAUGAUUUGUCUGUAGCCAAGUAACCUCACGAGGACGUUGUUACAGAUUGGGAAACCCUAGAGAAGGAUGCACUUGUAUGUCCCGAGUGACGGAUUCGAUGGCGACCAUGACAGCAUGACUGCCUUUCUUUUGCAAUGUUCAUGUAGGGAUUUCAGUUAUGUACUUCCGUGCAAGUAUAUAUUUCAGUAAUCAACUGCCGUGCAAGUAGGGAUUUCAGUAAUGUACCACCGUGCAAGUAGGGAUUUCAGUAAUGUACCGCCGUGCAAGUGGAGAUUUCAGAAAUAUACCGCCGUGUAUGUAGAGAUUUCAGUCAUAUACUGCAGUGCAAGUAGAGAUUUCAGUCAUAUACUGCCGUGCAAGUAGAGAUUUCAGUCAUAUACUGCCGUGCAAGUAGAGAUUUCAGUCAUAUACUGCAGUGCAAGUAGAGAUUUCAGUCAUAUACUGCAGUGCAAGUAGAGAUUUCAGUCAUAUACUGCAGUGCAAGUAGAGAUUUCAGUCAUAUACUGCAGUGCAAGUAGAGAUUUCAGUCAUAUACUGCAGUGCAAGUAGAGAUUUCAGUCAUAUACUGCAGUGCAAGUAGAGAUUUCAGUCAUAUACUGCAGUGCAAAUGCAUAUUUCAUGGCUGAAUUCGUAGAUUUUACAUUCCAAGUACUACAAUAACCAUUACCCGAACUGCUUCGAAAUCACGUCAUCUGUAUUGUCCUUACAGAAACAUGAUGGCAUUGUCGUGAAUAUGCUUUAUUGAUGAGUGUGAAGCUCAUACACAGUUGCCCUGCAUUAGCUGUACACGUGAUCCUCAAGCUCAUGAUAUUAUACACACAACAAACUGUAAUGGAAUAAAAAAAGUCUGAAUUCUGUUUAAAUACUGACACACGAAGACGUUAACGAACACUGUGCAAUUCGUCACGCACAUCAUGUGUUUAACAAACUCCAACUGAUCAUUUACGUGUUUCACAAUAUCUGGGGUGUUAGAACUUCAUCAAGGAAAUGAUAAGGGAAAAUGGUAAUUAUUAGUUUAGUUCCGGAUUGUUUCGAGGUCAUGCUGACAGGCAGAGAUAUAACUGAAAUAUUGCUUUUAUACAGUACAACCUGUGUUACUCCAGACGCACCCACUAGUUAUAUCAGUAAACAAUUUAAAUGAAGUCCUUUUUUACAAUUACUCGUCUAUCAAAACCUUAUUCCGCUAAAUAUGCUUCGUCAUAUCCGGAGUAAAAUGUAUUUGUAUACCUCACAGGCAUCGCAAAUUCUUACAGCAGGGAACGACUAUAAGCUUGAUAAGCCUGUCAAGUUGAUUGCCAACGUUUCUCUCUGGACCAUUUGAACAUGAAAGCCGUGUCCUGCUACAUCCGUCUUCGUAAUAUCCGGAGUUUAACACUCAUAUUCAGUUACCAAUGUCUCGGCUAUCGAUCACCUAUUCUGCUUCAUCCACCUUCCUUACUGUAUGUCUGGAGUGAAUACUAACGUUCUUUUUAAAAGAAACCUUUUUCUGCUCCAUCUACUUCGUAAUAUCCGGAGUUGAACUUUAGCAUUCUCGUUACCAUUUAUCGGCUAUCAAAGCCGUAUAUAUGUCUUCAUUAUAUCCAGGGUUUAACACUCACGUUCUGUUAACCAUUUCGCGGCUAUCAAUUUCGUAUUCUGCUAUAUCAACCUUCGUUUUUGUAUAUCCGAUGACAAGGUUAUCACAUGUCAAAGCGUUAUUCUGCUACAUCCGUCUUCGUCAUUUUCGGGGUUGAUUGUACUUAUAUAACAUUCACAGAAACAUCUUAAAACAGAGCACUGUAAGCUGUAAACUUAUGCCUAUCAAGUAGUCACACCCUCACACAAUUGACUGCACUGCAACAAUGUCAGAUGAGGCCGUGUGAACAGCGUCCCAAGGCCUGCUGGAACUCCCACGUGUGGCAUUCUGAAAUUCCAUCCUCAUUCAUCUUGUGCAAAAAGCGUAACCUUAUCUUUUCCAAACGUUAUAGAGUCUGAAAUAACAGACAGGGGGUGGAACAUUGAUAUGAUAACUGGUUCACUUAAAUAUGUGUACAGAUGUAAGUGUCUAAUUCAAGAAUUCAUGCUGACAUUGAGUGGCAAAUCUGACAUAUUUGCUACGUGUCAUAGACAAGGAGGAUUGUGUAUAUCUCACUGUCAUUUUGUUCAAAACACAUCUACGCAGUGCUUUUAUCAAAUAACUGUUCUCAAAUGAAAAGCAUUCAAUCCUUAGUUCUGUUUAUGAAGACUUGUGGGUAUUGUUUGUUUUAGUGUAAUUUGCUUCCAAACUUAUGUCUACGGACCCAUUUUCAAAUUACUGUUCUAAAAUGAAUCGCAUUCAGUCUUUCUUUAGGUUGUAGGUGACUGGGACCAGUGUUGUGGAUUUUACUCUGAUCUUCAUCCAAACAAAUCUCCGGAAGGCUCAUUUUUAAGUGGCUAUCUGAAAUAGAAAACAUUUACAUUUUACAUGAAAAAUAUACUGUGUAGAUGUGUUGCUGAGAAUAUUUGUCAAACAUUGUAAAGUCAUAACUGAAUUUUAUAUCUCGAAUCAAGUCUGUUUUACAUAUAUGUAUAACAUAAUCUGUCCAUGUUGUUACUGUGGCAAAUAGGAAAUGACAUCUUGAUUCGGUAGUUUCAUUGAAUCUAAUAACACUGUUUCCAGGAAAUGAUGACUUACAUACUCUGCUAUGUAGAUGUAGCGCAAUAAACCCAUUUCACCCUAGCAUAAUGUGUAAAGCCACGUGCCAUGUUGGUCCCUGCAAUGUACAUGUGUUUUGUGAUGUGUACAUAGUUUGUACAGUAGGUAUGGUCUGUUGCAAAUUCGUGAAGAACUAUCAUCUCCUACGUGAACUGCGCCUGUGAUAUGUCUCAUUAAAUAUUUAAUACAUUUA